AUGGGGUCCGCUCGAAAACCGCGGAAGAAGCCAAAACGCCGACUAAUAUUGAUGAAGCCGGAAGCGCGUUGUUCCGUGACACCGGCGGAAUCCGAUCAAUUUUAUUGGGCCGCUUUGAUUGAUGAACGGACUAGUAUAAACAGAUCUCGAGUUUACCCUCCCCCCGCCACAUGUGACCCUUCAGAACCCUCCCCUCCGUCCGUCACUGCCGAAGUUUUAUCGACCGGCUGA